CACGUAUACGUUGGUUGGUAACAACCAAUAAAUACAGAAGGAGACGAAGCGAUCCACGCUGUGGACUCCAAGGAAACGCUGUGGUAAUUAAAAGAACAAGUGAUAUGAACAGGGUCAUAUCCUUUAGUGUUUAGCAUUAUGGAUCCCAAAGCAGCUGUCUUAGUAAAUGCUGUUCCUCCGUACGGACACAUUCUUUGCAGUGAAAAAUGGAGGACUUCUUCUCUUAUCCAGCGCUUAAGAUAUGAAGGUGUGAAAAUCUUCUUUGAAGAGGAGCUGGGUGUAGCAGAUUUCCAUCUUCCAAACAAAAUGUGCCUCUUGUAUGUGUCUGAGUGUGACAUAAUAGCAGGGAAUGGGUACAAAAGGAAGCUGGUUUGCUACCGAAAUGCCAGGCGCAGUUUCCAGGAACUGGUUUUAGUGGAGAGGACAAGGCUCAGUGAGCAGUACUUCUCUGCUGUGCAGAAUUUUGUGGUCUUUGAUUUGGGUCUGUUUAUGCUGCCCAUCAGUGGUCAAACAGAAGCCUCACAGCUCAUCACUGAAAUUGUUCAAGGGGAGGGCAGAGAGAACCCUUUCAGGUUGAGGACUUCAUGUUGGCUGUCGGAUUCAAAGACCCUGGCUCUGAUCCUGCAGAUCCCUGGGAUUGGCAGAGUUAAGGCUUUGACUCUGAUACAGAAUUUUUCCAGCAUACAGGAGGUCUCCAAUGCAUCUUCUGCUGAGCUAGAGCCCAUCGUAGGCCAGGCCAGUGCCCAGCAGAUCCACAGCUUCUUCCACGUACACCUUACUGCUGGAACAUAAAGACCAAUGUUAGGCAGACAGGAAAUGGGAUGGAGAGAAGGUGGACACAUGCAGCAUAGAUCUCCGGUGUCAGGACUCAAACUCUGCAUGACUGCGCUCAAGUCUGUCCCAUUCUCUACCACUAAGCCAUGCGCAGCACCCCACAGAUUCAUUUUUUUAAACCACAACCGUGAUACAAAUUUGUAAAAUGGCUUUUAAAUCUUUUAAAGUCAUGUGCAUAUUUAACAUAUUCUACAACAAAAAAAUUAAAAUUAUUGUUUCUUUGUUUUUAAAGAAUGUUUUUCUAUCUGAUGAAAAAGCUGGGUAAAAAAAAAUGAAUUGGGAAGCAAUUUCUGAUUUGGUAAUAUUGAUAGUUAUGACGUAUAGUUAAUGUGAAUUUGAAACGGAAUAAAGAAGGGUUUUUAACUUAAAAGGUAAUGUUUUGGUGUACACCAGAGAUCUUAAAACAAUGGUGUCACAACCCCUAGUGGGACUAUGGAGAUACUGCAGGAGGGGUUGUGAGAUUGUUUUUUAUUGACUUUUUUUCUCAAAGUAAUGUUUUUACACACACUAACUUUUAUUUAUUUUUUCUUUCUUUUUAUGUUUGAAUCUUGGCAAUUUCAGGACAUUAAUAUGAAAUUGUAAAUCAAUGUAUUGUAAACAAAAUGUGUUUUUUUCUUUCUUUUUUUACUGUUGUCUGGAUACAUUACAUUUCUUUUUUUUAUAACUUUAUUGUCUGUCACAAGCAAGAAGAAAAGAAAAAAGUCUGACAUCAGCACAAACACAAUAUAAUUGUAAAAUAAAAGGACAAAAGAUGCAGCAAUUCAAAAUAAUGCUAUAACAAAGGCACAUUAUAGGUCUUGAUAUACAGGUUCAAUUAAACAUGCAUUUGGAGAUGUAA